UGAGUGGAUAAUUUGGGACAUGUGAAAUGUGUUAAAUUUAACACAAAAUUUUUUACUGUGUAUAAAUACAUAAAUGGAUAAUCUGUUACAUCAUUAAUUGAGAACUGAAGAAUGGGUAAUCAUGUAAAUAUAAAGUUUUUUUACAUAUAUUCACGAUAUAUUUACACAAUGGAAGAUACAAUAAAUAAGUUAUUCAAUGGUAUAAUAUAUACGAUAAAUAAUUACUUGAAUAAAUUAUUCUAAGAAAUUGUUUUAAGAAUAUUCCGAGUCCAACAGAUAAAAUAGGUUAAAGAUGGAAAGAUAUCAAUUAUAUUAUAUAAAGAAUAAAAUAUCAAUUAUAUAAAGCUUUCCUGACUGGUCAUUACCAAACGAAAACGGAUUGAAUCCGAAAUAUUAACAGCCAUAUUAUUUCAAUAUACAAUAGAAAAUGUGUAAUUAUUGUUGUAAAACCGAUGACAAGUAACAGAAAGCUAAUUUAGCAAUAAAUUUUUGCCUCUUUAUGUAUACAUCAACGCUAUUAAGUAAAUAUCCUUUGGCUUAUCUAAUUUCGAGUUAUACUUCAAAUUUUAUUUUUUUUAAAUAAUAAUGUAUAGAAAUACGUUAGAAAUACGCGGCCUUUGAUGUUUUUACAUUUUUACAUUUAAUGAAGAUAACAAAAUGUCUUCUUUUCUCACACAUUUUAUAUAAUAUUGUUUUACGUUAAAAGAAUUCAAUCAAGUUGAAACUGAAUGAACGUCAUUAAUUAUGUCCGGUCGCAGUUAUAACUUACGCUGUGAUACAUGCGCUAUAGAAUCUUCUCGAGACGAUGAUAUACGUGUGUGAGCUACUGACGCACGAGCCGGAAGGCUCGUCCAUGAUACCCUUGAGGAUUUUCCUGGAUCUUUACGGAUAUCUGGCAAAUCUCGAUUGCGGUGACGCCGACGACGAGCGUCAACGUCGCAAAGCCGAGCGCGCCGAUACUUCGAACGACGCAACAACAUCCGUCUUGGAACUGUCGUCCAACACGAUCGAUUUGACAACAAAAGCUUGCAGCUGCGAGUUCACAGCAACGGAAAAGGAAGAGAUGAGGAGUACUGACGAGGAUACUUGCGGGAAAACGCCUCACGAAAAACAACCUUCGAAAAGCUUUGAUAUCUUGAAGGAUUACGGAGAUGGCCAAGAACAUUCCAACAUCGACAUAGUGUUGACGAAACAGUCUGUCGCCAGCGAUAAAACUGAAAUUGAGAUCGAAUCGAUUGAUGGUCACGUUUUUCGAGGAAAAACGAACGAGGUACGCCAAGUCUAACGGGCUCGUUGCCAGAAAAAAAUCGAUCACUUUGAAUUUUGUGAUCGGCCGGUUUUUCGUUGUAAAAUAAAAAUUGGUUAUCCUACCGUAGAAAAAUAGAAUUUUGAUUCUGAUAACAAUUGUGUAAGAAAAUAACGCUUACAAGCGAUAAAUUUUAAAACUAUCUAUAGGAAAUGAAAGUAUUUUAAAAAAUAUUAAAUUAGAUUUUGAAAAAUCUAAAUAUUAUACAGUUAUAAAAAAU